AGGAGUUCUAGCUGCAUUGUAACCGGCCCAGGAUCCAGCUGCAGAAUUUCCUUUGUUCAUCAAACAAUCUCUGUUACUGUCUAUGGAAAACAAUACUUUUCCCCAGUAUUUUAACCUUACCAUGUUUGUGAAACUAGGAAACUAUCGCUACCUCGCAUUUGUCCUGUGUCUACUGUUGUAUGCUUUUAUUAUCUUUUCUAAUCUUGUAAUAAUAGUGCUGAUAUCACGAGAGAUAACGUUACAUGAGCCCAUGUAUAUUUUUAUUAUGUGUCUUUCUAUCAACUCUCUGUAUGGCUCUGCUGGCUUCUUCUUCAGAUUUCUGAGAGACCUACUGUCUGAUACUCAUUUGAUUUCACGCACAGCUUGUUUUGCUCAGAUCUAUGUCAUUUACACCUACGCAUCCUAUGAGCUGACUCUGUUAGGCAUAAUGGCUUAUGAUCGUUACGUUGCUAUAUGUCAACCUUUAAACUACCACAACAAAAUGACAUCAAAGGCGGUCUCAAAGUUGGUUGCCUUUGCAUGGAUUUAUCCAUGCUUUUCUGUUGCAACCUGUGUGUAUCUUUCCUGCCGUCUUCCAUUGUGUGGCAAUAAGGUACCAAAGGUAUUCUGUGCCAACUGGCCUGUUGUAAAAUUGUCAUGUGUCAGUACUGUGAUUAAUAACCUUGUCGGCAUGGUUGCACUGAUAACCACCGUCUUCCUGCCCCUGGCCUUUGUCAUGUUUACAUAUAUAAGAAUAAUUCUUAUUUGUAGGAAACGCUCUUCAGAGUUUAAGAGCAAAGUCGUACAAAACUGUCUGCCACACAUUGUUACAUUCGUCAUCUACUCCAGUACUGUGUUUUGUGAUGUUGCUCUCAGCAGAAUUGAUCUUGAAGCGCUGAAUCCAUUUCUAGCAAUAAUUUUAGCGCUUGAGUUUGUUGUGAUUCCUCCCAUGGUGAAUCCUCUUGUUUAUGGCCUGAAGCUAGCAGAAAUAAGAAAAUGUGUUUUAAAGGUGUUUUUACGCUCAGAACCUGUGAAAACAAACUAAAAUGUGUAUUUUCUAUAAGUAAGAAUUCUGAUAUAGACAGCAGGUCUAUCAUCAUCAUUAAUAAUCUGUUUCAUAGUAAAUUACUUUACAUCAAUGUGUAGAGAAAUAUGGGGCUUAUUGUAUGAUAGAAUAUUGUCACCGCGAAUAAAUGGCAUUGUGAACUUUGAAAAAUUGCAAUUUUGCAGAACAGAUAUCUUGUAUAAAGGAGAUGGAUGGGUGUAUUAAUAGAUGGAUGGAUGCAUGGAUAGAGAGAUAGAUAGAUAGAUGCCUAACGUAGUAUUUAAUAUGUAUUAUACAGUGAUUGUGGACUCUAAAGUUGGAUAAUGGAACUCUUACAUCGUCAAACAAUGAAAUAAAUAAAAAACAGUGUCAAGCAUAUAAAAGUAUAUGCAAGGAGCUGACCACAAAAUCCUAACCCCAUGUUAAGAAAACUGAUUGUUUUCCAGACCAGAAAGUCGCUGUGAAUUUUCCAAUUGCAUUUAAUGCGGUCCCACCUGGCCCAUACAGAAACACUGCUUAAACACUGCUUUGUGAUUAUCCACUUCUAUCCACUUUUCCAUAGCGGUUAUAAGAUAGAAUAGUAAAACUAUACGAACUAGAGUGUUCGGAACUUUUAAUCUGAGACUGGUGUUUGUUUACCGGUUAUGUUGGGUUUUUUGUGGGCAGAGUUUAAAUUCAUAACUUUAUGUUUAAAUUAAACCAUUACGUCUUGUCUGUAUCCAUAAUGUGCAGUCUUGUUGUACUGUAUCAUUAUGCAUUAAAACAGGGUUUUAAUUAAAAGGACUUGUGGGGAGACCGUCAUUGAAAUCGGCAGCCGGACAUCAACCUCAA